AUGAGUUUUUGUAGGAUAACCACAAAAAACAUUGAUCCAACCAUAAAAGCAUCACUUAUCAUUAACACUAGGAAAUCUUUUGUGAACAAUUUUCAAGUUGAAGGAUACCUCAAGAGUCCUUUGGGAAAUACACAAUAUCCAAAUAAUAUCACUGUAUCAAAUUUUAUAGAUUUUUUGUUAGUUCCCACUUUAGUUUAUGAACUGGAAUAUCCAAGAACCAAAGAGAUUAGACCUUGGUAUGUUUUUGAAAAACUUUUAGCAACAUUUGGAACAUUUUUCUUACUCUAUGUAAAUACACAGUCCUACAUCAUACCUGUUUUACCAAAUGCAUCAUCUACAUCUGUUUGGGAAAUGAUUAUCGUAACUUUUAUGAUGACUGGUGGAACAGUGUGA